UGCGACUACUACACCAACUCUGCGCACAAGCUGCAGCUGCAUGCCGCCGGGCCUCGCCACGAGGCGAGUGUGAUGCUGUUCGCGCACCUCCGGGAGCACGAGAACGGCGCGGCCCAGCGCGCGGCGGCGGCGGCGGCGGCGGCGGCGGCCGUGGCCGACCAGCACGUGCAGGACGCGCGCAUCUACCACUGCGCCCUGUGCGGCUUCUCUGCGCGGGCCAAGCUGCCGCUGCUUCAGCACGUGCGCAGCAUCAAGCAUCUGCAGAUGGAGCAGCUGCACCAGCUGCAGCGGCGCUCCGAGGGCAAGGAUCUCCACACCGAUAUCGGUGAAGUGUUUCAGGUCAUCGUGCAACUGGAGGGCGGCCCGGGAUCGGAGCAGUUCGGCGAAGCAGAUCACGAUCGCAAGGAGGCUCCGCUGCUACCACCCACCCAAAGUCAAACAGCGCUACCGCAGCAACAACAACAACAACAACAGCAGCAACAACAACAACAACAGCAACACCAGCAACAACAGCAAUCUACGGGGCGAGAGGCUUUUGCGCACGAGCACCACGUCACGAAAGAGGAAACCAAGUUCGAAGACUACGGCGAAGACGGGGCUGAGGAGAAUGCCGAGGAGCCUCCGUCCUCGCCGUCGCGUCCCAAGGCAGAGCACGAAGACGUUGGAAUGGGCGUUGAAGGGCCUACCCAUAUGUGUCCUUUCUGCAACUUCAGCAGCAACUCUGAAGUGCGGGUACAAGCGCACGUACUCUCUCAACACUCGGGGUCCACCACGUCACCGCCGGGGGGUGCUGCCGGCCGAGACUUUUUGUGUCCGCUCUGUCAAGACAACUUCCGUGACCGCGUCAUGCUGGAGCGCCACGUGAUGCAAAUUCACAGUGUGAAUUCGGAGGGCCUACAACGACUGCUGCUUCUCGUAGAUCAGUCCCAUUGGCUCAAUUCAGUGGGCCGUGCGGCGCCAUCCGCUCCGCAAACGGUUCUACCCCCGCCUCCGCCAACUUCUCUUCCUCCGACAGCUCCAUCCCAUUCUCAAACAACUCACUUCCAUCGGCCGCAACAACAGAGUUCUUCCGGAGGUGGCCCUUCUUUUUCACAUACGGUGACUCCUACACCCACACCCGCUGUAGUGAAAUCUUGUGUCGGCAACGAUCUGGAGGGUAGUGCCAAGAGUGCUUCUGAACUUGUAACAAGCGAAGACCGCGACGACUCUGCUCGAUUAGUUUUUUCGCCAUCUCCCGACGACUCAACUGACGAAGAAAAUCGCUGCCAGACAUGUUUCAAACUUUUUAGGACAAUAGAUGAAUUAUGUAUACAUCAAAAUGAAUCCGGACAUUUGGAACUAAAACAAACCCCGAACGGUCCAGGCUACCUUUGCUGGAAAAAGGGUUGUAAUCAAUAUUUUCAAACCUCUCACAGCUUACAUAUGCAUUUUCGUGAAAUACAUGCCCGAGUUGGGAACACAUCUUCUGUUCUUGGACAGAAUAUCGCUGUGUCUGAAAAACACGUGUACAAAUAUCGCUGUAACCAAUGUAGUUUAGCUUUUAAGACGAUGGAAAAGCUGCAAUUACAUUCACAAUAUCAUGUAAUUCGUGAUGCCACUAAGUGCAUUAUAUGUGGGAGAAGCUUUCGGUCAGUUCUUGCACUUCACAAACAUGUUGAAACAGCACAUAGUGAGCUUUCGGAUGAAGAGCUUAAUACCUACAAGCAGAGUUUGCUCAAUAACCCUCUUUUACUAGCCGGUCUUAGUGGACAGGUGCUCGACUCAUCCACUAAUGAAUUAUUGCGUAAAGAAUCCCUCAAAAUAGAUUCGGAAGAAUUCGUAGAAGGAGAUGAGAUUUCUACUAAAGAUGUACCACCGGGCCAGGAUGAUUGUUUGGGAGUGAACGUAGGCGGCGAUGGGGAAAACAGUGACGAUUCGGUUGUGUUCAAAGAACAACAGUUUUUAGAAGACUAUCUAAAUAGUCAAGCCAUUGCCGAGGACAGUUAUAACGAUCCUAAUCGUAAGUACAAAUGCCAUCGUUGCAAAGUAGCAUUCACAAGACAGAGUUACUUAACUAGUCACAAUAAAACGUUAUUACAUCGGAAAGGAGAAAAACUUAGCUAUCCCAUGGAAAAGUACUUAGAUCCUAAUAGACCGUACAAAUGUGAUGUGUGCAAGGAAUCUUUUACGCAAAAGAACAUUCUUUUGGUGCACUACAACUCAGUAAGUCACUUGCAUAAGCUUAAGCGUGCCAUGCAAGAACAGCAACAAAACAAUACUAAUAAAAGCAACAACGCUGUAAAUCCUUCAUCUUCUCACAGCGGUCCAGGCACAUUAGCUCUUGCGACAUGUCUGGGUAUCGUGACACCGACUACCUCCAAACUGAACAUAAUGGACGAAGAAGACAAAAAACCAUAUAAAUGUAAUAUCUGCAAAGUGGCAUAUAGUCAGGGUUCCACGCUCGAUAUUCACAUGCGCUCUGUACUGCAUCAAACACGUGCUUCUAAAUUGCAAGAUUUGGCUUUUACUGGUCAAAUAGAUCUCAGCAGACCGCUUAUUGAGCAGCCUGAUCAUCAAAAAGUUCAAGACCAACUUAAGAAGACAUCGCAUGAUAAUUUAGAAUCGCCAAAUAAAAUACAACCAGCCACGUCCUCAGCGAACAGUAGUUGUGGCACUGCUGAAACCCCUUCUAUUUGUCAGUCACACCAUAAUAACGACCAGAUAUUAACAGCUCCUACUACCAACACCAUUCUUUCCGAGAACAGCACAACCCCCCUUUUGUCUUCAGUUGGUAAUAGUACAUCUAAUUCUUCUACACCAACUACAAACAGCACAAUGGUUGCGAAAUACUCUGGCAAUACGUCUCAGGUGGUAGCAUCACAGUCCCCUCAGCAUCAAAAUCAACAGCACGGCAUGUUGUCAUGCCAGCGCUGCAGUGCGUUGUUUGUUAACCAAGAACAGUUGAACACUCAUCAAAAGCUGUACUGUCUCUUCAGCAGCCCGGUUCCUAUGUUCACUCCUAUUUCAUCAGCAGUCUCGGUAUCUAGCGUGGGUCUUGCCCAACAGACUCGUGUAUCUCCUCAAAUCAUCAACAAUACCCCUCCGCCUGCCCAAGAAGACCAUGUGACCCGAAUUUCUAUUCCUAACAAGAAAUCCUCCCAGGUUUAUAAGCAUCUCCUGGAGAGUUUUGGAUUCGACCUUGUGAUGCAGUUCAAUGAGAACCAUCAAAAAAGACAGCGCAAGGAUAGGGAAGAAGAAGAAAUAGCGCUUUUACAAGCUACGCCUCAAGUAAAUGAAGAACCCGAAGAGAUAUUCUUUAGAUCUGAAGAAGAAAAUCCCCCUGAAGAAGAUUUGCCGGAAGUCUCAAAGUCAGUCUGUCAACACUGCAAAAAAGAAUUCUCCAGCGUGUGGGUCCUCAAGGCUCACUGUGAAGAGGUUCAUAGGGAUCUAGUGCCGCCUGAAUUCCUCGAAAGAUAUGCUCAGCAAUUCAAAACAGAAUACGAGAAGAAGUCAGUAAUAUCAGCAGUUUCUUCAAGCAGUUCUCCUGUUGUUCCCGUUAGCACGUCAUCUAGCAAUCAUCCGACAUCAGCAUCCGUGAGCAGCGUCACGACGACAACCACCUUGCAAGACGCAGGUUGUAGUGCAUUCAAAGUGUCCGAUGACCUCAAGGAAGACUCUCAGACAAAAACCAUGUCGCAGCAGUUGAUGCAACAGCAACAGCAGACUGAUCAGUCGGAUAUCCCUUCUACUACUCCCAGUACGCCUACUACUUCUUCCACACCCGCCUCCAGCUCCGAAUCCAUUCCAACUACACAUACUUCAUCUAUGACAUCGUCAAUCAGUGCUAUGGGAACAAACGUUGUGCCCAAUACCGUCAAUGUCAACGCUAACGCGAACGCUAAUAUUUCAAUAAGCCUCGCCCAGCAAAUGAAUGAAAUGCAAGCUGCGCUCAAUGUCAUGGCCGCGUCGCAACUUCAGCAGCAACUCCAGCAGUUCAACCCCAUGAUGAUGAGUAUGGCAGGAUUAAGUAUGGGAUUGCCUUUGGGUUUGAAUAUGAAUGCAUUGGCCGCUAUGAAUUUGCAACCACCAUUAGUUCCAAUGAUGAUGCCUCCUCCGCCAUUUGAUCCUUUGGGUUUGGCUCAAGCACAGAACCCUCUGUUUUCACCUCAAGCCGCUGUUGCCGCCGCAUCUAUUGAUCCUCUGCUAGCAAAGCAGCAGCAUCUGAUUCAACAGCAGCAGGCGGUUACUGCUGCCCAGCAGAAACGAGCACGGACUAGAAUAACAGACGAACAACUAAAAAUAUUACGUGCGCACUUUGAUAUAAAUAAUUCUCCGUCAGAGGAUCAGAUCCACGAGAUGGCGAGUCAAAGUGGUCUUCCGCCGAAAGUUAUCAAGCAUUGGUUUCGAAAUACACUCUUCAAAGAACGUCAACGUAACAAGGAUUCGCCUUACAAUUUCAAUAAUCCACCCUCUACUACUCUUAAUUUGGAGGAAUACGAGAAAACCGGUGAAGCAAAGGUGAUGCUUCUAAAUACUCCUUCAGAUGACCGAAUCGGUUCCAAAGAAACGCAUUCUCCUGCACCCUCCGAUAAUUGCACUACACCUCCUGAAAACAAAAGGAAACAUUCGUCUCCCCAGCCCUUUCUUCAGACGUCUCAAAUCAAGACAGAACCUGUGGAUACCAUGAUGGAUACUCAAGAGCAAAAAUUUAACAACGUUUUGUCGGAAACAGAGCAUGAUCACAAAGACAUCGAGCUCAUAGACCAGAAGCCACCUCCUCACACAUUACACCCGCCACCGAGCCCUGUUACGUCUCUAGCAGGUUCAACGUGCAGCAACAAUGACCAGAAUGUAGGCACGUCCUCGCCAGGGUCGCUCACAUCAAUCAUCACAUCGCAGCUAAGUGCAAACUCAUUGAAUUCUCCUAAUCGAGUGAAUGCAACUACUCCUCCUUCCAACAAUGUCCUUCCUUCUAAAUUGUCUCCCACGAGCUUUGCCUCCCCCAGCCAAGUUACAAAUUCAUCGCAUGCGGUGUCAGUGUCUCAAUCCGCCCGAAGCAUCAGCCCGGGACGAGCUUUCAGCACCAACUCUUCAGAUGGAUUCAGUCACGGUCUCAUGCCUGGAUCUUGUGGAAGCGGAAGCAAUAAUAAUAGUUCAGGAAGUUCUUCAGGAAAACGUGCAAAUCGCACUCGUUUUACGGACUAUCAGAUAAAAGUACUUCAAGAAUUUUUUGAAAAUAAUGCGUAUCCAAAAGAUGAUGAUCUCGAAUAUUUAUCAAAACUAUUGAGCUUAAGCCCACGUGUGAUAGUCGUAUGGUUUCAGAACGCUCGACAGAAGGCAAGAAAGGUUUACGAAAACCAACCACCAGUCGAUGCAUCUCCAGGAGUAGACGAGGGAGGAGCCAAUAGAUUUCAGAGAACGCCUGGGCUCAAUUACCAAUGCAAAAAGUGUCUCCUUGUGUUUCAGCGCUAUUAUGAACUCAUAAGACAUCAGAAAACACAUUGUUUUAAAGAGGAAGAUGCGAAACGAUCAGCACAAGCACAGGCAGCCGCUGCACAAAUAGCUGCUGUUUUGUCGUCGGAAGAUUCGAACUCCAGCACCAUUGUCGAAGGAAAUCAACAGCAGCAGACAGUUGGUGCGUCGCCCAGCUCUACCCCGGUCCAGGUUCCUACACAACAGCUCACUCCGCUCACAGGAUCAACAACGCAGGCAGCACCUGUGCAUUCCACAGCUUCACAGGUCACAUCAGCUCCAUCCGUGACCACACUGGCUUCCAGUGUCCCGGUGACGACUACCCUAGCGACAGGAACCCCGCGCGCCCUCUUUACCGCUUCACCUACAUUGCCUCGCUCUCAGGACGACAGCGCCAAAGAGGGCACAUUUCAAUGUGACAAAUGCAACCUUGUCUUUCCCCGCUUCGAUUUGUGGAGAGAGCACCAGCUUGUUCACAUCAUGAAUCCUAAUCUUUUCCCCUCAUACCCACCUGAUAGUCCAUUUGGCAUUCUUCAACAGCAUGCACAGAUCCAGCAGCAGCAAUUUUCAAAUAUAAACGUAUCUGACGUGCAUGUUAAUGUUGCAAACGCUCCUCCAUUGGCUCAUCCGCUCUCAAACAUAUUGCCCACCAGCAAACGGAAAUAUGAAGACUAUGACGAAUCAAACGACAGGGACUCGGAGCAUCCGAAGGACAAACGCUUAAGGACAACCAUUCUCCCCGAACAACUGGAUUACUUGUACCAGAAAUAUCAACUGGAAAGUAAUCCUUCUCGAAAGAUGCUGGAAAACAUUGCGAAAGAAGUAGGUCUGAAGAAACGCGUGGUGCAGGUGUGGUUUCAGAAUACACGCGCGCGCGAACGAAAGGGCCAAUUUCGAGCACAUGCGCAAGUCAUUAAUAAGCGUUGUCCGUUUUGUCCGGCUCUCUUUAAAGUAAAAUCAGCUUUGGAAUCUCAUCUCGUAACAAAGCAUGCCGAUCAAUGUACUCGCGGAGAAAUCAAUAUAGACGCGUUACCCGACGAGGAUGGGAGCAUUGAAACAUCAUUCAACGCCUCCCAAGUAGUAGACUCUGGUAAAACAAGUAAUUUAAGUGUGAAUUCUCAGUCUCCAAGUAUAAUUAAUACGCUUUAUCCUCCCUUUCAAACCGAAGUGGAAAACACAUUGAUCAAGAAAUACUACGAAGAAUCGAUGAAGAGAUAUUUUAACGAACUUCAAGCUCACCAUGCGGCACAAAAUGGGAAUGUGGGGAAUAAGGAAAUGUUACACCUUCCAACAGAUCUGAGUAUGAAAAUCAAACAGGAACCUUCCACCACGUUAAGUGACAGCAGCUCGAUUAUUGGCGAUGCACCUCUAGACCUGAGCAAGCCAGUUGAUUUAAGUCGUCCGAUGAAACUGACAAUGGAAAUGGAACCGCGUGCAGAGUCUGGGCCGUUGACUGACUUGAGUGAAAAAAGCAUUGGGUGUGAAGAUGACAGUACUUCGGAAACUACAGAAAACAUGGAUGGCGACGAGAGCAACCCGACAUCCCCCGCCUCCAGCACCCAGAGCGGGCAACAGCGGCCGUUACCACCCACCGGUGUAAAACGAUUUCGCACCCAGAUGAGCAGUUUGCAGGUCAAAGUCAUGAAGUCUCUCUUUGCUGACUACAAGACGCCUACCAUGGCAGAAUGCGAAAUGCUAGGGCGCGAAAUUGGCUUACCGAAACGCGUAGUGCAAGUGUGGUUCCAAAACGCGCGUGCUAAAGAAAAGAAGAACAAGCUUGCACUGCAGAAGGCCCUGGGAGGUCCAGACGCUCCCGUCACUUUACCUGACAUGCGACCUCCAGAAGAAUGUAAGUUAUGCCAGUUCAGGUACUCUCAUAAAUAUUCAGUACAAGAUCACAUUUUUACUAAAUUACAUAUUGAUUGUGUCAAAACACACAUCGAAAGCGGUAAGGUCGACUUGUCCGGAAAUACUAGUGAUGGAAGUGGCAGUGCCAGUGGCGAAUUUACAGUUCCACCGGCGCCUGGCACUUCUUUAGCAAAUGCGAGUGAUUGUCCAGCAGGGACUGGUAAUGCAUUGUCGGCUCACUCGCCUGCACCAGCAACGUCUGUCUCAACUCUCCUCAAUGCUGGCUCUGGCGCGGGGCGAGCAGAGGUCAUGGGCUCUGCCACAUUGCCUCCAGCGUCAUCGAGUGGAUCGCAGAGCACGCCCCAUCAGCUGACGCAAUUUCAAGCGUUACAAAUAGCCGCUGCGUCGGCGCUGUCUCUACCUAACUCUCUGUCUGUACAGUCGGUGAACUCCGCUGCAGCAUCGACGUCUGCAGGAGCGAGUCCAUCUGUUGCGAGCGUUAAAGACCCACCAAUGGCUUCAAUCGUAACCGGAAUGUGUGGGAGUAGUAACAAUAUGACCAACAUAAGCAGCAGUAACAACACCACCACCACCACUACCACCACCACUUCUUCCAGCACAAGUAGCAACACCACCAGCAGCACUAGUAGCAACGUGAGCAAUAAACCCGUUGGAGGAAGUUCAUGUGGUGCCGGUGGCUCAAGCGGCAUUAGUGCUGUCCUUGAUGCGGUUGGCGAGACUGGCGCCGUGGGGAGCGAAGGCCCGGUCAGCGCUAGCACAGGUGCAGGGUCUGGCGCAGCUCCUGGCGCAGCUACAGGUGCAACUACUAGCGCGGCGACUGGAGCAGCUGCUGGGGCAGCAACUGGAGCAGCUGCUGGCGCAGGCACAGUCAAAUCGCCAGCGCCUGGCGGUGCGCCCAGCUCUGAAGAUAUGGCGCUGUUACAUCAGCUGUAUGGUCUGGGUCUUGCUGGCUUCUCCGGAGGUGUGCAGGGCAAUAUGUUUCUGCAUCCCGCUAUGUUUUCUGCUGCUGAAAAAUCAGUAUAGGUGGUCGGCGGUUGCUUGCAUAUCUGGUUGUAAGAACACAGCCCCAGAGCACCGACAGGACGGUUGAGGUGAUGUUAAAGGCAUGGCGGCCUGCGGCGGGGGCGGCUGGCGACGGCGGCGGAGGGCUGCGCCACCCCCUGCCCUCCCCUCCCUCCCGUGGCUCCCCUUCGGCCAAAAAGGCUCCACGGGCGUGCACGAGCACGAUGUCUCGACAAGGAAAUUUGUGGUGAACUCUCAUACCUCGCAUUUGAUAUCACCAGAAAAGUUUUCUUUUUAUAUGACUUGCAUGCAUUGUAAAUAUAUCACUUUCAAUACAAUAUUUCAUUUUGUGAUAAGUCAUUGAAUAACAUUUGAGUUUGUAAUAUUAGAUCUUUUAAUAUCAAUACGCAAGACUAAAUAUAUGUUAAAUAUUUAUUAAAAUAUUGUUUUGUGUUUGCACAUUCUUAUUGUUUAUUAUGAUUAUAUCAAUAAAAUAUUUACUUUCUCAACCCGAGGAUGCGGUCCAAGCAUCUUCGAUUCUCUGGUCGGCGCUUCCAGCGGCGGGAGUGCUGGCGGGACGCCGCUCCCCCUCCUGCAGCUGCCGCCUCGCUCGUUGCAGGCGCUGUCGGAGGCCGCGGCGCUCGGCGAACUGGGCGUCACCACGGUGCACAUCACCGCCCUAGGCGAACCGGCCUCGUCACCUGCUCCAGAGUUUCAAGACUACGAGGUGGACGUGGAGGUAGCCUUCAUUUGCAAGAAGUGUCGCCUCGCGUUUCAGGAGGAGAAAGCUCUCCUGGCCCACCAGCGGCUCUCCUGCUACUCCGGCAAGGCAGCGGACCAGCGCAGCGCUCUCCGCUUGGUCCACGCGCAUUACGAAUGCCGGGCGUGCGGGGAGCGCUUCCCGUCGACUGAGCACUUGAAGAGCCACUGCGCGUCCGAAAGCCAUCUGAAGAGAGCGCGGCUCCCGGCGCCGGGGGGCGCUGAGCUGGCGUACGCCCGCACUGCCCAACUCGCGUCACCGAUCGGGUCUCUGCCACCUCUCCAGGCGACAUCUUUCCCGUCAAAACACUCGAGCCCUCUUUCUCAAAGAAGCACUUCCAUAACGGCACCGCCGACAGCAGUUUCGCCCUCCGAAGGGCUGUCGCACGAAAUGGAAGAUGUCGUGAACCAAAUUACUUUGCUCGCUGCGAGAACUGCAGCGGAGAAAAACGCACUAGCGGUGGUCUCUUUGCCGCAAGCCGUGACGCCCGUCUCCACCGACUCCAACGCCAACAUCAAGGAUGGACUAGACCUCUGCCAAGUGGAUGACGUCACUUGCAAGCGCAUUCUUCACAUCAACGACACGGCUGCCGCUCCGAGUGUUGGUUAUUAGCUGCUUCGUGGAGGUUCUGUGGCUGCUGGAGCCGUGCCGUUGCCAUCAACUCUGUUAUCAACUCCCUAUCUCUACCAACAUGGCUUCUAGCCAGUUGGCGCCCUCCUGCUACACAAUGGAGCGGCUGUUCUUAACCCUAGGAACUCGCAUAGGAAACAAUAAGAAAUAUUUGUUAAAUGUUGUUUAAAUAAUCAUUAAACCUCGCUACUUUUCAUGAAUAACUAUUAUACAAAUGACGAUUUUAACUCCAAAGAAUGAAUUUAAUAAGUAAUUCCUAAUUACAAAGUAUAUAUUAUAUAGAUAUAUAAAGUAUAUAUUGACACAUAUUUUUCACUUGAAAGGAAAAUAAAUAGUGUCAUGUAAUAUUUUGAUGAAAAAUAAGAAAGUAUAAAUAUCGAUUUGGUAUAGAUGAAAACAAAGACUUAGUGAAUCGAGAAUAGUACCUAGAAAUUAUCAGUACCUUUUUAAUUUUAAAUGUUUUUUGUGACAGUUUAAGAGAAAAUCCCAUCCAGUGUAACCUGGAAACCUUGCUAAAGUUAUAAUGAAAAUAUAAGAACUGAAGAAUAACAGGUUUCACAUAAUACAUCUGUUUAUCCUAUUGGUUAGAUAUAUAAUAUAUUAUAUACAUUUCAUAUAAUAUAUUAUGUAUUACAUAUAUAUUGUAUGCGUGUAUGUAUAUGUGCACAAUAGGAUACAUUUGUCUGUAAUAUAUUAUAGUAAUUGUUUCUCUUGAAAAGUGUCUUGUUACAAAGAAAUCAAAAGAAUUUUAUAUAUUUAAGCAUUAGAAUAUAAUUCAAAUAGCCACGGGCCAGAGAUGGCAUUUGUUCCUGAGUUCCUAAUACUGCCAUCUCCUGCAAGUCAGCUGGAAGGUUCCCAGUGCUUGCUGGGGGGUGGGCAAUCGCGCGCGACGGGGCUUUCUGCGAGUCCUUCCUGCGUCUAGCAAGCGCUCGAGCAGCGUCCCAAUCCCUGGCGGCAACCUCUUAGACUGAAGCCCGCGGGAACUAGAAAAACUUCAACACGACACUUGGACGUCCGUGUACUAAUAAUGUAAAUGUAAAUAACUAAUUCUUAAGGGUUUUAAUAAUUCUGAAGAGGGAGAUGAGGGCAAUUGAAAGUGUGAAAUAAAUAAGAUGUAAAAUGAAUCCACACCUCGCUAUUUGUCUGUGACUGUGCCAUUACAAUGAAGUAUCAUGAGAUUUAAUGCGAUAUUGUAAGUCGAAGCAAGUGAUUAGACUAUUGUUUGUGUGUAUGACAGUUUGUUUCCCUUCUUGUAAUAUUAUCAUAUGGUUCUAAUGAAAAGUAAUUUAUUACAAAUAGGGAGUAUGAAAAAAGGGAAACCACCUCAUUCAUUGUGAAUUCUGUUUACUGCUACUUCUAGGGUCCAAUUAAUAAAACUGUGUUAUAUAAACUUAAUACAUUUUUUAGAACACCAAGAAAAACAUUUACAUUUGUAUGAGUGGGAACAUUUCGCGUGUGUCUCAUGUCCAGUGGCAUGUGUCGCCGAGUGCUCGGAGCCACCGGUGGCUCAGCCCGCUGGCGUUUCAAUUCCCUGCACGGGUCCACCACCGGGGAUCUCUUGCCUCCGCCAAUGCGUCUGUCUCUAGGACCUCGCCUAGCAAUGUUUCGCGUUCUUUUCCACACUAGACAUACGCCUCUCUGCCUUUGGCUUGUGUGGAAAAUUAAAUAAAAUGGAAUUUAUUUUCCCCAAAAAAUUAAAUAAAAUAAUCGUACCAUUCUCUGAAGCCUGGGACAGAAAUGGUUUCGAACUAUUAACGUAUCGUAUUGUAGGAGAGAGGUAUUUCAAAACAUUGCAAUUUCGCAUUUCUUCGUGAACAGGACGAUUGGAAUCGAUGUGGUUAGUGUGCACACACGUUCGUAGACUUGCAGUGUUUCCAAGUGUAUUUUGCACAUGCGGCUGGCGACGAGCAGCGGCGUGUCGCGCGGAUCGAGGGACUCGUUGCAGAGGACGGGGAGCGAUGGCGGAAGGGGACAGGACGAGAAGCGCCGCACAAUCUCGGCUCUCUUCGCGCAUUUUCGCACAAAUGUGAACCAUCUCUACCGUUUUGUACAACUGUUUCCUAUUUCUCGCUGCUCGUCGUCGAAGCUAGAAGUCGCUAAGUUCUCUAGAACACAGUUCUCCAACACUGCAGUUCCUACAGUGUGUCUCUACGGACCACAAAGAUCUGCUCUCCGAAAGUACGCAUCCCAGCACCCAAGGUUCCUAUCUUUAGCUAACAUUACUAAGGUUCCUGUUUAUGAAUGCUUUUUCUAUAAUAAUACUUAAAAUAAGAUAUUAAUUAUUGUACUAAUACUAGUUCCGUGUGCCGGGUCAGUCAGUGUAACUACAUUUCGUAUGAGGGGUGUGGAGGCUGGGGGGACGGAUCGUGACAAAUACUGAGCAGAAAAUGCAGUGGAGCUGUUGAUAUCUCAACUUCGGCUAAGUAUCUUUGUGAAGGAUGGAGUAGCAUUUGGUAAUAUUGAAAGUUCAUGACAUGUUUUCGAUUUCUUGCUUGGAGCUUGUUCACCUCCGAAUCCCUACUCUCGGGGAACUACUUACACAAAGCACAUAUGACAUUACGAACACUGUUCCUCAAUGUAUGCCCUUCCCUGAUUUGAUUUUAUAAUGACAUUGCCAAUGUACACUAUUAAACGACUUUAACGAUUGGUAACAAAGACUCCCAAAAAGACUUUUUAUGUGUCAGUGCCAGUACUUUUUCGAAAACGUAUGUUUAGACUAUAAUUAUUGAAUAUGGCUUUCAAAGUGUGUGCGUGUGUACAUACAUUUAUAAAUACUUACAUACAUACUAUUAUUAUCCUUGACAAUGGAGACUUGCACAAAGCUAAUUUCCAAAACUUACGGUGGCCGGUUAUAAUAGAAGAGCGGUUAUUGAUUUCACACUGACAGAGCUCCAUUGCUAUUUGUUCCUGAGGGCGGCGCCGCGUGCUCCGUUCUUAACUCUCACAACGAUGGAAAUCGAUACGAGAUAUUUUAUGGAAUUAUUGUAUGGGUUUAUUGUUCCAAAGUGGAGAAGUGUUGUGAUGAUUCUACUCCUGUGUCCAUGGCACCUUCAACGACCUUCAACGACGCGCCAUUUACCUUUGAUUAGGUGGCGGCGGCGGGGGCGGCGGCGACGUCGUCCACUCAGGGCUACGCCGUGCUGGAGCGGG